AUGUACAAGAUCCGAACAAAAGUUUCGCCUUUUAUUACUUUAAUAUGCUAUAUUGUUUUCUUCAUUCUUACAGGUAUUCCGUCAUUAAAGGUCAAGGGUAAGGGACACAUCGUUGAUCCUACAAAGCGAAAAGUUUUUGAUUGUGUCAUUUACAAUAGUGAAAGCUAUAUGCUAUACAAUCGUCUUUGGCGUCUCGAUCCAUAUGUUGAUCACUUUAUAGUAGUUUAUUCUGGAAUUACCCAUUCUGGUCUUCCAAAUAACAUCACAUUCGCACCUUUUGAGAAAGAAAUUAAAUCAUACUCAUCUAAAGCGCAUUUCUUCCAAAUAGAUAUUCAAUGCGCGAAGGCUCGUGACAAAAACUGGUGUCGUGAAAAUAACCAAAGAAAAUAUCUCUUCAGAUUCUUAAAGAAAUUCAACCCACAGGUUGGAGACUUGAUUAUUGUCAGCGAUAUAGACGAAAUACCUACAAGAAAAGGAAUGCAGUGGAUUCUAGACCAUCCACCGUAUGAUUUUUACAAUUACAAAUGCUAUAUGACCAACCACGGCUAUACACAUCGUUACCCAGAACUCUGGGGUAUGCCUUAUGUAGAAUACUAUACACAUUCUUUCUCAGAAGGCUUAAUGCAGUAUCACAGAAAUCUUGUACAGUUCCAUACAUUGCAACCACUUGGAACUCAUUGCUCUUCAUGUUUCCCUGACCUAGAGACAUAUAUAAAGAAGUACAAUUCAUUCGCACAUCAAGAAUUUCAUAAAUAUCCUUUCAUGAACACAAGUUAUCUGUUCUGGAGUCAUUACUGCAAGAAGAGUAUGCCAUGGGCAACACAGUUGAUUUCUUUGAACCUUAGCGAGCUCGAGGACUUAGUUCCGCCGCAUCCUUUGAUGGAUUUCUUGACAAAUCCAAAAUUCACUUUAGAUAUAACAAAAACUAUAUAUAAGAAGUCCGACCUUCCGAAAUUAUGCACACCUGAAUACGAUUGGUGGAUUGUUCCACACGAACAGAUAAAUCCUAGAUAUAAAUUGUAA